GGCGCGGAUCUCCUCAGAGGCGACGGCGGCAGCGGCCGGGCGGGCGGUGGCGAUGCUGUGGCCGCAGCUGGCGGCGGCGGAGUGGGCAGCGCUGGCCUGGGAGCUGCUGGGCGCCUCGGUGCUGCUGAUUGCGGUGCGCUGGCUGGUGCGGCGGCUGGAGAAGCGGCCGCGGGGCCUGGGGAGGCCCGGGCCCCCCGACCCAGGUGAAAUGACAAUGGAUACCAUCUUGGCUCGAUUGAAACUCCUGAAUCCAGAUGACCUUAGAGAAGAGAUUGUCAAAGCCGGAUUGAAAUGUGGGCCCAUUACCGCAACCACAAGGUUCAUUUUUGAGAAAAAAUUGGCUCAGGCAUUACUAGAGCACGGAACGCUGCCUUCGCCCUCUCCCGAACAGGGCACCGCAGGGGCCUCCACUCUCACCCAGGAUACACACAGGACUGUGAAGUCUGUGGUAGGGAGCCCCGCCCCACAGGUCAGCUCUUCUGAAGACAGAGAUUUGGGCUACAGCAUGGGCGUGAAUCCUCCGCGGGAGGAUGAGCUGAGGUCGCAGACCUGCCCACUGCCCUUCAGUGCUGAGGCUGGAGUCGGAGGCCCCCCAGCCGUGGCGAGGGCCUCUGCGGAGCCACAUCUGUACUACGGGGUGUACCCGGCAUAUGAGGACUCCCCAGCGAGAAAUGGUAAUGUGACAGAAAGGAUUUAUGUUUACGAAGAUAAAAAGGAAGCAUUGCAAGCUGUCAGAAUGAUUAAAGGCUCCCGAUUUAAAGCGUUUUCAAGCAGAGAAGAUGCUGAGAAAUUUGCUAGAGGAAUUUGUGAUUAUUUCCCUUCUCCAAGCAAAUCCUCAUUACCACUGUCUCCUGUGAAAGCAGCACCGCUCUUCAGCAAUGGUGGGUUGAAAGAUGGUUUGUACGUACCUGAGUCAGAAACAGCAAACAAAGAGCGAGCGAACAGUUAUAAAAAUCCCCGUACCCAAGAUCUCACCGCCAAACUGCGGAAAGCUGUGGAGAAGGGAGAAAAAGACUCCUUUUUCGAGCUUGUGUGGAGCAAUCCCCGGUAUCUGAUUGGUUCCGGGGACAACCCCACCAUCGUGCAGGAGGGCUGCAGGUACAACGUCAUGCAUGUCGCUGCGAAGGAGAACCAGGCUUCUAUCUGCCAGCUAACCCUGGAGACGCUGGAGGACCCUGCGUUCAUGCGCCUCAUGUACCCGGACGACGCCCCGGACAUGCUACAGAAGCGCAUCUGUUACAUCCUUGACCUGUACCUGAACACCCCCGACAAGGUGGGCUACGACACACCGUUGCAUUUUGCUUGUAAGUUUGGGAAUGCAGAUGUGGUCAACGUGCUCUCUUCACACCCUUUGAUUGUAAAACGCCCACUGAACAAAUAUAAGAAAACACCUGAAGAUGUUAUUUGUGAAAGAAGCAAAAAUAAAUCUGUGGAAUUGAAGGAGCGGAUUAGAGAAUAUUUAAAGGGUCACUACUACGUACCGCUCCUGAGAGCAGAGGACACGUCUUCUCCAGUGAUCGGGGAGCUGUGGUCUUCAGACCAGACGGCUGAGGCCUCUCACGGUGGAGGCAGCCCCAGAGACCCCGUCCUGACCCUGAGAGCCUUCGCGGGACCCCUGAGUCCGGCCAAGGCAGAAGAUUUCCGCAGACUCUGGAAGACCCCGCCUCGAGAGAAAGCAGGCUUCUUUCACAACGUCAGGAAAUCGGAUCCAGAAAGAGGCAUUGAGAGAGUGGGAAGGGAGCUGGCGCACGAGCUGGGCUACCCCUGGGUGGAGUUCUGGGAUUUCCUUGGCUGCUUCGUGGACCUGGCCUCCCAGGAAGGCCUGCAGAAGCUGGAGGAGCAUCUCAUGCAGCAGGAAAUGGGCAGGAGGGCCCGACAGGACACGGGAGACGACUCCGCCUAUGGCUGUGCUGGGAAGGACAGCAGCUCUGUGUCUGUGAGGGCCUUUCCAGAUGAAGGUGACGACAUGAGCUUGGAAGAGAUCAAAAAUCGGCAGAAUGCAGCUCGAAACGCCCAGCCCACAGUCGGAGCUACCAGAGACGCGGGUUGCGACCCCCUUCCCUUCAUAGAAGCCUCGGCGCCAACCAGUUCCCUCAGCAGCAAAAACGGGUUCUGCAGCCCCCUGAGUGGUGACGAGACCCUGGGUGGGAAGAGACCAGAGGCCCCGAACCAGCAGGGAUCCCUCCUGUCACCUGUUUGCGGCUUGACUGCUGAGUUCAAUAAACUCAAUUUGCAGAAUCUAGGAAGUAGCUUUUCUAAGACACCAAAUAAAAGUAUGAAAAGCAGAGGUGAGAAGGUCCUGACAUCCAGAAUGGAUGCGGUGGAAAGAGACUUGUUAGAGCUUCCUGAUGCUGACAGACUCGGAAAGCACCAGACGAGGACGGAAAGUGACAUGUCAGCGGGAAUUGCCCGAAUGUGCCUGCGUUCCAGCAAUCCCAGGCACGAGGCCCAGCAUGGCUGCAGUUCUGUGUCCCCGGAGCCUUCAUUCCCCGCCACGAGAGAGCCUGUCCAGAGGCUCUUCCUUUCUGGAGAGGAGCCGACGAAACUGGAUCGGGACGUUUUGGCAGCUCUCGAGUGUGUGGACGUGGACCCUGGCCGGUACCCAGCCGUGCACAGAUGGAAGAGCGCCGUCCUGGGUUACCCGGCCUCCGACAGGCAGAGUUGGCCGAGCCCCAUGAUAAAAGGGAAGUUGACGUCUCAGCUGCCGGAUGUCGUGUGCCCUCAGAGCUGCAGCCCAGGGAGAAGUGGUCCCUCGGGGGGCAGCCCCCGGAAGCCCGGGCCCGCACCCCACUCCCCCGGCCCGGGCAGCCCUGGGCGCUACAGCCCCGCACACGGGGGCCACCUGCGCAGGAUGGUGCGCCUGGCCCAGCUCGCGGCCUUGUAGGGCGGGCGCCCUGCCGGGCUCGCUCACUUCUAAAGAAAGAGGGUAAUACGUUUGUUGCUAAAAGUCACCAAAAAAAAAAAAAAA